GACGUCAUCAGUUGCAGUCAUGAGCUUUGAUUGUUUGGUUACACUUUAAGGAUAAUUUAUUAUGUUUCGCACUGAUAAGCGAUCUUAGAUUUCCAGUUGCUCGGCUGUAAAUUAUUUUCUUCGAGAUUGGAAAGCAAUGGCCUCGAGCCAUGUCGAUGAAAGUUUGUUAAAGGUGGAUUGGACGAUAGAAGCGACCAAUAAUGAACAUAUAUGGGUGGACACCAACACUGCGGGCAAGUACUGUCAAGCACUGGAUUCAGUCUGUCGGAAACGUGGUAAUCGAAUGAAAUGUAUUGCCUGUAGACUUAUAGCUCACACAUCAUGCAUACCAUUGCUAAAAGAGGGAAUUCUUCCUGCAAAAUGCAAGCCCACAUUCCAAGACGAUCCUAACAAAGCGCUAAUCCCUGAUGGUCACCACUGGCUCCUUCGGUAUACAGUAGUUGGCAGAUGUAAAGGUUGUGGAGAGGAGUUCUCAGGCAAGGACUUUAAAUCCAUCAGUUGCUCAUGGUGCAAAAUAGCUUAUCACAUAGAAAAGUGUUUCUAUCAGGUGAAAUCGGAUGAAGAGUGCUCGUUUGGAAUCCACGCUCAUAUCAUCGUCCGUCCAUCAUGGAUAACAAAAACUCCACAAGCAAACAAAGACGAACUGAAGCCGUUCAAUAUUAAAGUAUUUCGUUAUCCGCUUUCAAAGCCUCUUAUAGUUUUUAUUAACCCAAAAAGUGGAGGCCAACAAGGAUUAAAGGUUUUAGAAGACUUUCAUGGGUUGCUAAAUCCUCGGCAAGUGUUCAAUCUUGCAGUUGAAAACCCUAAGUUCGGCUUAGAACUGUACAGACAAUUGCCUCAUUUGCGGAUUCUGGCAUGUGGCGGUGAUGGCACGAUUGGCUGGAUUCUCAGUGUGUUGGACUCGCUCGGCUGGGAUUCCAAUCCGCCUAUUGCUAUUCUGCCUAUCGGCACAGGGAACGAUCUUGCUAGGACGUUGGACUGGGGUGCGACCUACUCGGAUGAACCCAUAUCAGAAUUCUUAUGCAGUGUUGAAGAUGCAGAAGUUGUUCAAUUAGAUAGGUGGAAAAUUGAUGUAGUUCCGAAUGGGGCGAGUGAAGCAGAGGGCACGGAUACCUUGCCGCUAACCAUCUUCAACAACUACUUUAGUCUGGGAGCUGACGCGCAAGUGGCCUUGGAGUUUCAUGAAACCAGAGAGGCAAAUCCCGGAAAGUUUAAGAGUAGAAUGCGAAGUAGAUUGUACUACGCAACUCAAGGAGGACUUGAAAUCAUAAAACAAAAGUGUAAACACUUUGCUAAACAUAUCACAUUAGAAUGUGAUGGUAAAGAUAUAACGGACAUAGUCCGGAGUAAGAAGCUACAUUGUCUUCUGUUCCUUAACAUUCCAAGGUAUGCAGGUGGGACUCUGCCUUGGGGAAGCCAAACUGAGGAUAUGCCCCAGAGCUUUCAUGACGACAUUUUCGAGGUUGUGGGUUUCACAUACACAUCUUUAGCUGCACUUCAAAUGGGUGCCAAUGGAGAGAGACUUGCUCAGUGCCAGCAUAUUAAACUGACCACGACCAAGUCGCUGCCUGUACAAGUGGAUGGAGAACCAUGUCUUCUGCGUCCGUCAACCAUCACGGUGACAUUUGGGAAGAAGUCUAACAUGCUGAUUAGAAAGGGAUGCACUCUACCAGGUAUAAGCAAAAGCAGCUUCUUUCUGCCAAAUCCAAAUAUAGAACGUGUACAAAUUUAUCACAUAGGCACGUCUGACUGGAAGUUACUAUUCAACAAAAAAGACGAAAUCCAAACACGAUCUGUCUUGCUUGGAUACAUGGACGUGGAAGAAAACACCACCCUCAAGCAAAUGCGACGGAAGAUCGAUGGGAUGGCUCAGGAUGGUAAUGUUGAGAACAGUGAACCGGGUUUUUUUUCGCCUCUUUCAGGGCAGUGGUGCUUUCUUGAUUCUAAGUCAUCCGAAUGUUUUACCCGCAUUGAUCCAGCUGAGGAACAUUUACGUUAUGUAGCAUACACGUGCGAUGGAGACCUCUACAUCCUGGAUCCUGACCUAUCUUCCGUGGUUGAUGAUUUUCCCAAUCCGGACAGACCGAUAAAACCAAGUGAAUUUAAGGUCUAUGUUGCUGAGCUGCACAGGAAUUCCAACCUAUUAUUUAACAAAGAAUGGAUCGAUCUGUUUUCAACUGCUAAAGAUCCCACUUCACAAUUGUGUGCAGAAUUGGACUGUAAAUUAGAUGCCAACAGCCGGGAGAAGUUAGAGCCAGUACCUGAUGACCCCUCGAACAAUAUGAAUAUUUAUUACUUCAUUCCAGGUUAUAAAGAUCGAAGAUACAUUGCCACCCAAGACCCAAUGGAGGAAACGUUUGUAGACUUUUGGAGGAUGAUUUGGAAACGUAAAUGCGAAGUGAUUGUGAUGUUGGCGGAUUUCGUUGAAAAUGAAAUGUUCAACGUGAAUACAUACUGGCCACAAAACAUACAAGAGGCAGUUGGAUAUGGGGCCGUAACUGUUAAGAUGGUAUAUGAGCAUUGCAACACAUUGAAUUUACUCACCCGAAUAUUCAGAAUCACACUGGGCGAUGAAGAGAGAUCUGUUCGGCAAUACGUUAUGUCAGGAUGGGACGACACUUGCACCAACGUGUCUUUCAAAAACAUCGUCAGUUUUAUUCGGACAGUCCGCGAGUGGAACAUAUUUUACAGUGGUCCCAUCGUUGUGCACUGCAGAUCUGGGCGUGGCCGGACUGGGGUGUUCAUUGCACUCGACUACUUCUUCCAUUGGCUCCUUGACCAUGCACGGGACCAAGAGCUUAAUGUGUAUGGGUACGUGCUGAAAAUGUGUAUUGAACGACCAAACAUCAUUCAGACCGAGAUGCAGUACGUGUUUAUCUACGACAUUUUGAAUUACCUUAUUGAAGAGGUCAUACGUUUUAAUGAACUUUCUAAUAAUGAUUGAAGAGGUAAUAUGUUAUGAACUUUCUGACAAGGAAUAUAUCGCAACAGCAUCUGAAGACACAGCUCUCUAAAAACAUCACAAUGGAUCUAUAUCCGAUUGAGUUUAGUAAAUUGAAUUAAGAAAAUACUGACUCUAUGAGUGCUUGUGUGUGUGUACGCGUGUGGAUGCGCGCGUGUGUGAGUGUGGUUUAUUAAUGAAUUGUUAUAAUGGAUCGCAGAGUGUAUUCUUAUUAUGUCCCGUUGUAAUAAGUUGAAAAGAUACGGCAUUAUUAGUGUAAAUGAUAAUAGUAACUGAAUGUCAGCACUGUAGCAUUGGAUGUCAGUAACAGUCAAUUUCCUGAUGCUGUGGAUGAGGUUUCCAGUAACUGUUAGUAUUUUAGUAUUUGCUCUUACUAUGUAUGUAUUCCCUUGGUAAUGUUUGACAAUGCAUGAAAACAAGUAAACAAUUAUGUUCAAAGAACUGUAUACGGCUAUCUUUCUUAAAUUGUGUCCAACAUUUUUCAAACUGAAAAGUGUGUAGGUUUUACAUAUUGAAUUUUUCUUGUGGAUAUCGAAGUAUACUCAGACUUUGUUUUAGACAAAGGAACGAUCUAAGGCAAUUUGAAUAAAACGAUAUUUUCUGUUUCAAACAAUGUUAACGUCAUGUAUAUAUUAGUUCCACAGAAUUUUAUCAGCCAUAUAAGGAAAAUUAAAUAGCAAGCGUUUCGAGAUUAAUUGGCCGUCCAUCUGUUUGCUCCUCUUUCUUUUCUUUCAUUCUUCCAGUUGGCCAAUCACUAAACCGCCAUAUUUUAUUGCAGAAUAAAUUUUGCUUAAAC